CACGCACCAGCACCAGACUGUCUCCUAGCUAGCUCCCGAUUAGGUCAGUCAAAUACGCAAGGUGGUCAAACCAAGAUCAGAGGGAAAAAGGUCUAGAGAUCGAAGGUGGAGCACCGAAGCCAUGGCGGCAAUAAGCGGCGCCUGCCCGAGCCUGACGACGAGGAGGCUCAAUCGGCGUCGCUGCCCAUCAGUCUAGAGCGCCACUUCCCGCGGCGGCAGCAGCAGCAGCAGGUCUUGCUCGGAGGCGGUGGGGAUGGUGUGGAUCGCGAUGAGUACAUGUCUGCACCGGCGACGGCGCCGUCGCCGUACCACGCGCAGGCCCAGCAGCAUGGCGCAUACGGCUCCACCAUGCCGUACUACGACGUCGGCGUGGGCUCCUCCGCCAUCUCAUCGCAUCAAACGGGCCACCUGGCCGCGCCGGCGCCCGCUAUGUCUCCUCAUCAGCAGGCGACGCCGGAAGCUGGAACUGCUGCUGCUGCUGCGGCGGCUAGCCAGGCCGCGGAGGUGCAAGAAGGCAACGUGAUGAGAAGGCACUACCGUGGCGUGCGGCGGCGGCCGUGGGGCAAGUGGGCGGCGGAGAUCCGUGACCCCGCGAAGGCGGCGCGCGUCUGGCUCGGCACCUUCGACACCGCGGAGGCCGCCGCCAUGGCCUACGACGACGCCGCGCUCCGGUUCAAGGGCGCCAAGGCCAAGCUCAACUUCCCCGAGCGCGUCCGGGGUCGCACCGGCCAGGGCGUGUUCCUGGUCACCCCCGGCAUCCCUCAGCUGCCGCCAGUAGCUCCAUUGCCGCCGUCUCCGCUGCCAACUGUCGCUGUGCCGUUCCCCGACCUGAUGCGGUACGCGCAGCUGCUUCAGGGUGGGAACAGCAGGAACGUCGUGGCCGGCGACACCGGUUAUCUUGCGCCGCCGCCGGCACAGGCGUCGUCGUCGGUGCAGAUUCUGGACUUCUCGACGCGGCAACUCCUCCGGGGCUCACCGACAACGUUCGGCCGCCAACCGUCGACGACGUCGGCAUCGAUGUCCACGACUACUGCGUCUUCUUCGCCCAGCAUGUGGCCUCACGUCGAGGCCACGACUAGCGGAGUAGAUGAGACGCACGACGAGAGUCGCAAUGCUCCUGACUGAUUUUUGUUAAGCAUGCACGCCCUAAUCAAUAUGAUCAGUGAAUUUCACAUUCUGGUGGUCUAGAUAGUUUGGUUCUUGAUUUCUGUUCAAAUCCUAAUGAAUGUGGAAUUAAAUUUGUGCAAAUUAGCAGAGGAGUAUCAGUAUCGCUCAAUUUGGAAGUAAUUAAGAGGAAUAAUCUUAAGCAAGUGUACCAGUAUAUAAUGACUAUUGGUGAAUGCCUUUAUGUCACUUUA